AUGAAUAUGGCGCCGUUUAUUGUCGUUCAAGCAAACGAUCGAGUCGUGAAAGUUACCGCCAGAAAGGAUGGAACAAUGAACAAGAUGACAUUGCGCAGUGCUUUCCAACUUGAAGCAGACGUCCCGAUCGGAUUGUUCAAAAACGACUUGGCUUUAGCUUGCACAGAUGACGAUGUUUUCGAAUUACAAGAGGGAUGGCAAGGAGCCGAGUUUGAAUUGCGCUGGGAAGAAUCGCGGCGCUCGCGUCGUGUUACACCUACGGAGCAAGGCGCUACAAUUCCCAAGAAACGGAAACUCGAGCCAGAAUCUCAAGAACUCCCUGUAGAUGGUGAUUUGGCGGCUUCGAUUGGACGAUACGCUCUCUACUACAAUAUGGGAUAUUCGAUUCUCCAUGACAAGACGAGCCAUCAAUCGCUUUCCACUGGAAUCAUCGUUAGCGAUGUGACUCGAAGACUGCGAUAUAUCGGAUCAAGCGGCUCAUUCAAAGGAGAUAGCGGUGGCAGUUGUUGGAACGAAAACGGGCAACUGAUGGGAAUGCAAAUUGAAGUACACAAUGCAAAGUCUCGG